UUUGCUUCACUCAAAAUCUAAGAUGGCGACAGAUACAGGCGUUUUGAGUGUGCGAGGCAUGUAAGGCAAGACAGAGACAGACGUCUCGCUGCGGAGACCCUGUUUGGAUUGGCUUUCAACGCCGUCGCCCUCGCUGCCACCGCGGGACUGACCUCAUCAAACAUUCAACAUGAUGGACGACCACAGCAUUAAUUUAAGCGAUGACGAGGAGGAUUUUGAGCACCCAACCAGUCCCCACGAACUGCAAGGAACUUUGUGCAAAUGGACUAAUUAUAUCCACGGCUGGCAGGACAGAUUCAUCGUGCUCAAGGAUGGCACCCUGUCCUACUACAAGUCGGAGAAUGACACGGCUUUUGGGUGUCGUGGCGCGAUCAGCAUUUACAAGGCUACGGUAAAGCCACACGAGUUUGACGAGUGCCGCUUUGACGUCAGCGUUAAUGACUGCGUGUGGUAUCUGCGAGCUGAUGGACCAGAGGAGAGGAAUCGAUGGGUCGAAGCCUUGGAUGCAUAUAAGGUUGACUCUGCAUAUGGGAGCGAGAACAGCCUACGACGCCAUGGCUCGGCACUCUCCCUUGGCUCAACGAGUGUGUCUUCAUUGAAGAAAGGCCGGGGUCUUCGAGAGAAGCUGCUUGAGAUGGAGACAUUUCGAGACAUUCUGUGCCGUCAAGUUGACACGCUUCAGGCCUACUUUGAUGCCUGUGCAGCUGAAGAACAGAAUGGCCAUGAUGGUAGUCCGACAAUGAAGGAUGGAAUAGGUGAAGACACAGCAUCAAAAACUCUGGAGAUCUUGGCAUCUCGGUUCAAAGAGAGCAGCGACCGGUGUCGUGAGCGACGGUCACCCGCGGCUCCGGGAAUGCUACCGCCUGUCGACUUCCGCGGUGAAGCCAUCACAUUCAAGGCCACCACUGCAGGUAUCCUAGCUACUCUAUCACACUGCAUUGACCUGAUGGCACAACGUGAAGAGGCCUGGAGACGGAAACUGGAGCGGGAGGUGGACAAGCGCAAGAAGAUGGAGGAGGCCUACAAACAAGCCAUGUCCGAGGCCAGGUCGCAGCCUCCAGCUGUCCUUGGAGGCCCCGAUUAUGAGGAGGGACCACACAGCAUGAUCAAUGAAGAUGAGUUCUUUGACGCCAUUGAUGCUGCACUGGACAGGAAUGAGCAGCAGGAGGAGGAACGGCGUCAAAUAAAGAACAGGGUACGCGAGAUGCUGCGACCAGCCUCUGCAGCAUCUCAACAUCCACUCUGGAACGAGGUGGAGGAGAUUACGAUGGAACAGCUGCGCUAUGCCAAGAUGGGCGUUGGCGAGGGCGGUUGGCAGUUGUUUGCUGAAGACGGUGAGAUGAAGAUGUACCGAAGAGAAGUGGAAGAGGGUGGCAUCGUGUGUGACCCCCUCAAGGCAGUGCACAUUGUGCGUGGUGUCACGGGCCGCGAGGUCUGCCACUACUUCUUCAACCCCGAAGUGCGCUUCGACUGGGAGACAACCUUAGAGAACAUGGAAGUGCUUGAGGUGCUAGAGCCCAUGACAGUGAUAGUGCACCAGAUCCACAAGAGGGUGUGGCCAGCCACCCAGCGAGAUGCCCUCUUUUGGUCACACAUGGCACGGGCACCCAACGAGGAGGACCCUGAUGCUCACGAUGUCUGGAUCGUCUGCAACAACUCUUGCGACACACCUCACGUACCUCUUGGCAAGUGUGUACGUGUGCGGUUGACUGUGUGCCUGAUGUGCCAGACCUUUGUGGACCCGCCUCAGCCCAACAGCAACAUCACUCGGGACAACCUCUCAUGCAAAAUCACGUAUUGCUCAACCAUCAACCCUGGUGGCUGGGCCCCCGCAUCAGUGCUGCGUGCUGUUUACAAGCGGGAGUACCCCAAGUUCCUCAAGCGGUUCACACAGUAUGUCAAGGACCAGACAGAGCCCAAGGAGAUCAUGUUCUGAGACUGCCUUUCUCGCCUUUGGCCAGAGCAUGCAUCCCUCGGUCAGCACAAAGCAAGGUUCUUCGAAGGGAGUGCAGACGACCAAAGCCGUCUGUGUUCACAAAUGUGAGACACUGGGUGGUGGACAGAAAGACACAACAAGCAUAAAGUGACAGUACAUAGAUGUGUCCACAACAACAGACUCGAGAAAGUGUGGAAAAUACGCAAGCAAGGUGAACCUUUAUAAAAAAAAUGGAAAGGACAAAAAGAUAGAAAAACCUUAAGAAAGAACGAAAGAAAAAAAGAAAAGAUGACCUCUGAAGUGUUAAAUAUUCAGGACACGGUGUGAUGUCAGCCACGCCUCUCUUAAAAGUUGCAAGUAACGAUCACGAACGCUGCAGAGCAGCGUGGUGGGCGUUGUAAAACGAGUUGGAAGUGACAAACUGCAUUUGUUACGGGUGCUCGUGGUCGUGCUUGGGCAGACUUUAUUCUGUGGCUAAGCUAGAUUUGGGUACGAUGAGAAGGGCAAAAACUGUAUUUUAAAGAAAGCAGGGUUUCAAUCUAUAGUGGCAAAGCUAUACGACUCCAUUUUAUAUAAGAGCGCCGUGAAAGCACAGUGCAUAAAGAUUUAGCUUCCUCCUCCUCCACUUCGUUUCUUCCCCUAUGCAGAUUUUAUUUUAAAAAAUCCGCCGUGUUGUUGCACUUUCUAUGUAGUACCGUGUUGUUAAAGAACACCAAGUGGGGCAAAAGAAAAAUUAGAGAAUUGAGGGAGUGUCCCUCUAAGGUUUUACAACGACCCACAUUGAAGUGUGCACUUGUUCCAUACCACGCAAAGUGCUAGGCACUUUGUUUUUGCUGCGUUUGUCCCCUCCCAAUGAGAUUCAUAAGGUCGGCAGUUAUUGUACUAUAAACAGGAGAAGGCAUUUCAAAGCGUGGUCGUUUACAGCUGCAUUAUGAUAACACUGCCGUUCCCUUGUUAGUAAUUAUGAACGAGAGAGAGAGAGCAGACGAUUAUUAGUUGUGAAAGGCUUUCAUAUGCCUCCAAGCAAGGCUCAUGCAUAAGCAGAGUUGUUAGUGUGCAAAUCAAGCAAAGAAAAAAAUGGCUCAUGUUAACUUCGAUGGUGCCAACUUUCCCGUCGGCACGUGUAAUGUCCAUCUUUGUAUAUCUUUGCACCACUUUUUGGCAGACGACCAGGUUAAGCAAGAGAGUGUUGUCACUCUUUGGCAUUUGCUUAGAUGUAUAGCAUAUUCCUGUAUGGAGCAGAUUCGUCAUGCUGUCUUUCCUAAGGAAAGAGCAUAGCAAGUCUUUUCCUCGCACAAGGAUGCGACAGCUGCGAAAGAGAAUGCAACAUUUAGAUGCGCACUUGCGCGACAACUGUCACCAGAGCCAAGAGAUUUAGAGUUAUAAAUGAUGGAAUGGGAGAUCACUUUGGCCUUCCGUCAUAUGCUGUUCGUGGGACUAUCUUACCAGAAGUAUUCCAAAGUAGUUAUUUAAACUUAGCCACAAGAACUGCAGGCAUUGCAACUAAGCUUGGAGGCGCUUGGUGCAGUGCCCCCCCCCCCCCCUUUUUUUUUUUCUGCACAGAUUUUUUCAGAUAAUGAUUGGUGCUAGGGCAGCACACUUGCAGCCGGUCUGUGGUGCAGUGAAAGAUAAAGUUAACUUAUGCCUCGCCUUCAUUUUUUUCUUCUAAACCAAGUCUGUGUUAUUUUCUUGUAUGUCAUUUACACCUUUUUGUAUUGCAUGUGUGCUGGCACAGAAGCGGUGUUCCUUUCGCUUUCAUGGUUUUCAAUUUUUAUGGCCCGUUUUUAAACUGCAGCAUCUAGUCACCACUACUUCAUCCCGAGCUUGAUUUUAGGUAAUGUACUCAAAACCAAUCAAAGUGGUCUACACGUUUUAUUGUAGCUUUUUUCUAAGCCAGUUAGUCUUUUUCCAGUCAUGGCCUCACAGCAGCCACUGGCUCUCUGUUUUUGCCUGGGCCUUUUUUUACCUCAUUGCACAAGCAGUGCGCCAAUGCCUUCUUUCUUUCCUUCCCUUCUUUCUUCUUUUCCAAGCUGCUGCUUACGUCUGGAAAACGAGCAAAUUGCAUACAUUUUUGCAUGAACUGUUCUGUUCAGUCUGUGUUGCAGUAGUGCACAGCCUUCUUUUUAUAUCAAGAAGCUCGGCUACCGAGUUUGUUGCAUACAUGUGACGUCUCCUUUACAAGGCAAGUCGAAAGAUUGUACUUGAUGGAAACCGCAAUGCACAAAAAUGCAAGGGGGAAUAUGGGAGUCCUUUUUAUACAUCUUUCUUCGUCUGCAGAGUUUAACGUAACUUUUGUAAUUGGAGUGAGGAGAAACUGUGCUUCGAAGUGUUUGCCGUGUCACGGUCGGCACAGUGUGUUGUGCUUUGUUGGCAGUUUGAGCGGCUGUACAUUGUCGCCGCUGGUGAAACUUUUGACGGGACACAGCGUGUGGCUCUCCUUGUUGCCGCUUUCCGAGAGGGCCGUCGCGUAUGUGCCAGUGUCCGCUGCCUGCCUGCCUAUUGGUCCUCCUGCCACUGCAUCUCUUCCUGUUGUCUUGCUUGUGCAUGAGAGUGCAACGCUUUUUUGUACAUAAUAUAUAUAAAUAUAUAAAUAAAUAUAUAUAUAUAUAUAUAUGCGGGUUUGUAUUACAUGCACAGCCAUUAAAAUGUGUUUUGAUGUCACUUUU